AAUUGUUCGGCGAUUCAGCCCAAAACUGUUCGUUCCGGCGAGGACCGCAACUGGGCUCUACUCCUGAAGAUCAUUGGUGACUUCUAUGAGGACAGAGCCAGUCUCGUCAGUCCCGCCAACUCAAUCACACACUCGAAUGACCCCAAGGGCAUUCACGUCUUUGUUGACGCCUCAAACAUUUUCAUCGGUUUCCACGACCAGCUCAAGCGUGCAAGAAACAUUCCGCCGAACGUUCAUGUCCCUAAGGUGGACCUUUCCUUCGACGCAUUGGCUCUGCUCAUGGAGCGUCGUAGACCUGUAGCCAAACGAUGCCUGGUUGGUUCAAAGCCCCACAUGGCCGCAUUUGAUGUGGCUCAACGUGUCGGCUACGAAUGCAACAUUCUGGAUAAGGUGCUCAAAGCGCGAGAGCUCACCGAGCGCCAGAAAUAUUUCCAGGAACAGGAGAAGAACACCGGAGGAGACAGCGCCGGUAGUGGCUCAGAAACGAGCAACACUGGUCCUGUCUACGCUCCCGAGAGGUAUAUCGAGCAAGGAGUCGACGAGAUCAUCCACCUGAAAAUGAUGGAAUCCAUUGUUGACACCGAGACUCCCUCUACCAUGGUGCUGGCUACUGGCGAUGCUGCACAGGCUGAAUAUUCGGAAGGCUUCCUCAAGAUGGCCGAACGUGCCUUGAAGAAGGGAUGGAGGGUAGAGCUUGUCAGCUGGAGCAAGAACAUUAGUCUGGCUUACAAGAAAGCAGCUUGGCAGAAGAAGUGGGAUGGCCGAUUCAGGAUCAUUGAAUUGGACACCUAUGCUGAGGAACUGCUCGACAUGUGA